UUACGUUUGCCAUUGUCCGAUAAAUUCAAAAACCCAGUUCCGGCCAUGCGAAACGCGCGCUUAACAAUAAAAUUCAUUGUAUAUCCAUAAGAAGAAGCAACAAAGCAAAAAACAAUAACAACAAUAAUAGAAGACACUUGAAGCUAAUAUUUUUCUUUUUUUGCUGUUGUUGUUGCUUUCUAUACUUAAAUCGCAAGUAAACGCGAGUAAUCCAAUAACAGCUACGCCUGUCAAUGCCAAUAAUAUUGGAAUGAAAGGCAGAAGACGGCGGCGGCGGUGAACAAAAAAUAGAAAUUAAUUUUAUUUUUGAAAAAAAAAACCAAAAAAAAAUCACCAACCCUCCCCCCGGGGACAUUCAACAGCGGCCAAAAGCGGAAGAAAAUAAACAAUCCGAAACACUUUAAUAUUGAUUCGCGAGGAAAUCACACCCACUCACCUGGUGGUCGAUUGACUGAAGGAAUGCCGAAUCCUAUGAAUACUUAAUAAUGGAAACAGCAAGCCAUGUCUGAUAUUUUAUUGCAAUGUCAAGUAACUCAAAGUAGUUGUUGAAAAAAUAAAACAAACUUUGUAAAAUGUUCGUAACAACGUUAAUGCCAAGGAAUAAAGAAAACAGCUUGAAAAUGGAAACUUCCACAUCAUAAUUCACUUGAAAAGACAGAAAAAAAAACACCCACACAAAACUUUUACUUGCUAACAACAGCAACAACAACAAGACAAACAAUAACAACUACAACAACAAUAAUAAAAUGCAUCAAGUGCUAAGCUAUGAAACUGCAGUGCGUGCCAAUACUUCCUCCGAGUAUCGCGAAUAUGUUACAAAAAGGACCUGCAUUAGUUUGGUAUUGACAAUAGCAUUUUUUACGCUAAUAUCAGGCUACUUAUUGGGCAACUUUGUGUCGGAACGCAAAAACCACAUACGAAUGCUGCUUAGCAAGAAACCGCCCAACACCUCCACAGAUCCCAGUAAAGAUGCCACCGGCGGACACACCAUCGACAUUUCCAGCACUGAUUACAUGAAUUUACAGGAAUUACAUGCCUAUCAGAAAAUAAAAACGAAACUCUUAGCCUCCGCUCAAAAUCUUAGUAAAUACCAACAAGGCGAUGAAGCCUAUCGCUCAAGAUCCCUGAACACGGAUAUAUUCAAUCGCUACAUAUCAUGUACCCAAGAUGUACCGUUCAAUGCCACCAACGAGUUGAGUCAUUUUAUAGAACAAUUGAUUGAUAAUACCUCGGCCCGCCAAAAGGACUGUAUGCACCGGAUACAGGCGAUAAUUGAUCACAAUUUGACCACAUUGUAAUUUUUGUGAGAAUGAAUUUGAGGCAAAUGAAAAACCAAAGGACACGUACUUGUUUCGUUGAGUGUAACUAAAGACAGAAAAAGAACUAAGCCACAUUUAUUGUUUAAAAAGGGCCAAAUAUAUAUUUUUCGAAUCUUAAACUAAUUAAUAAGAUAUUGUCAGGGAAUGUAAUGAAUAUUGCUUAAGCUUGUUGCGUUGUGCUUAUGAAAGAUUUUGGAAGAGAUUGGUAAGAAAAACAAGUGGCCUAACUGGCAUAGCUAGCUUUGGUAUGGAGAUAAAAUUGGUAUUUGGCAUAGCAGCAUUUUGGUGUUGAUAGAAAUUAGAAUUGAAUUAUGUUUUUAAAAAACUAACAAUUUUAUCAGAAUUUUCUUUUUUGUAAAAUUGAUAACUAUACAUACAUAUUUUUUAUAUAGGAAUAUCUAUGUUAUAAUUACUAAGAAAACUCUCAUCACUGGACAUUCACACGAACAUAUUUAUUUUACUGAUAUGUGAACUGUUUUGAAAUGUUUUUGAAUUGACCAAGAUUUGGUGAUAAGUGGUAAUCCUUCCAAUAUAUACAUGCUAUAUCGUAUGUACAGGUGAGUUGGAAAGAAUAUAUUUUUAACCUUAAAUGUGCUAUUUUCGAUUACAAAGGUUAUUUCAUAUUUGGGUACAUUUGCUAAAUUAGGAGAAAAUUGUAUAAGUUGGCUACUUGGGAUAGAAAUUUGAAACAAAAAAAUAGAAAUGUGCAUUCUCUUAUUGAAUUGAUUUGAAUUAUUUUAUAAAUAUCAAAAUUAACCUGGCCAGUCCCAUGUUCAACUGAAUCUUUUUAUCAAUUAAGUUAUUUUUAUGAAUUAUUGACUAUAUGAUACCCUACACCACUAUGCAUAUUUAGUAGAGCUCUCGUAAAAGAAAGGUUUAUAUUGCAAUUUCCGAGAUAUGUGACAUAUCUGGUACAAAAUAUCAUUAUGGUAGAGUGCAUACUCCGCAAGUUGGAGAUUUAAAAACCAAAUUGGAUGAAAAAUAUAUAUGGCAGCAAAUUUGAAAUUCUUGCUUCUAUGCUAAACUCGGUUGAUUAGCGAAAGUUCACUCCAUUUGGGAUAAUAUUAGCUAUUUGGUGCACAUAAAUGCAUAAACCUGAUAUCGGGUAAUGAUAUAUAUGGGGGCUAUAUCCAAAUCUGAGCUAAUCUUCAUAAAACUGAAAACAGAUAUUUCUUGGCUACAUCUGAUAUCUGGUACCAAAUAUUAUUCUUGUUUCGUGCAUUUUACGAAUUUGAGGGACUUAAACACCAAAUCGGAUGAAUCAUAUAUAUGGGAGCUGUACCUAUAUCUGAGCAGAUUUGCACCAAAUUUAAAGUAUUUAUUUCUAUACUAAAUUCGGUUUGAAGUGCCAAAAUUCACACCAUUUGGACUGAUAUUAACCAUUUGGUGCACAAGAAACCUAAAAUCGGAUGAAGAUAUAUAUGGGAACUAUAUCCAAAUCUCAACCGAUCUUGAUAAAAUUUGAAUAAUGAAUUGCUAGGCUGUAUCUGAUAUCUGGUGCUCAAUAUAAGUCUUGUGGAGUACAUAUUACGAAUGUGAGGGACUUGAACACCAAUUCGGAUGAAACAUAUAUAUGGGAGCUAUAGCUAUAUCUGAACCGAUUUUUAUCAAAUUUAAAGUAUUUAUUUCUAUACUCAAUUUCUAUACUCAAUGGAAGUGCCAAAAUUCACACCAUUUGGACUGAAAUUAGCCAUUUGAUGCACAAGAAACCUAAAAUCGUAUGAAGCAUAUAUAUGGGAGCUAUAGCUAUAUCUGAACCGAUUUUCACCCAACUUGAAGCACAUGCUUGUAGGCUGGAUUCGGUCGGAUGUAGCAAAAUUCACACCAUUUGGACUGAUAUUAGCCAUUUGGUGCACAAGAAACCUAAAAUCGGAUGAAGAUAUAUAUGGGAGCUAAAUCUAAAUUUGGACCGAUUUUCACCAAUUUCAAUAAGGGUCGUCCUUGAGCCAAACAAAUUUAGGAAAUUUCUCAAUCGAAUAAUAAAUGCGACCUGCAUUUUGUUUACAAAAAAUUUAUGGACAGAGGUACAGAUGGACGAACGGACGGACAUGCAUAAAUCGACUCAAAAUGUGAUUCUAUGCUGAUCACCAAAAGGAACUAUGGGUCUAUCUCGUUUCCUUCUCCAUGUUACAAACAAAUGCACAAAUACACUAUGUGGUGUAGGGUAUAAUUAUAAAUAAGAGAUUAUGAGGUCUUCCUUAUACCACAAAUAACCCAAGGUAUUCCAUAUCAUAGACUUAUAAACAUUUCUACUUAAAUCCAAAUUCGAAGAAGAACCGAUGUUCUUAUAUUUCAUAGAAGACCCGAAAUUCUUGUAUCUCUUAGAAUAGCCGAAUGUCUUCUAUCUCAUCGAAUACUUAAAAGUGUUUUUCCCUAGAAUAUCCGAAGAUCCCAUAUCUCUUAGAAAACCCGUAGGUCUUUCGUCUUAAAGAAGAUAUGAAGGCUUUCUAUGUCACAUAUAUGACAUAUAUGUGCCAUAGAUCUGAGGGUCUCCUCGGUCGCAUAAAAGACCUGAAAGUCUCCUAUUUCGAAUAAAAAAUCUGAAGGUCUCAUAGAAUAUCUUAAUAUGUCCUAUGUCUCAUAGAGGAUCUGAAGGUCUCAUCACAUUUCUCAUAGAAGACAUGACUCAUAUGACUUAAAGAAGACCUGAAGGUCUCCUAAUAUGUCUCAAAGAAGACAUGGAGGUAUCCUGACAUGUCUCAUAUAAGACGUGAAGCUCUCCUAUGUCUUAUAGAAGACCUGAAGGUAUCCUGUGUGGCAUAGAUGGCCUGAGGGUUUCCUAUGUCGCAUAAUGGGCUAGGCCAAUUGUCAAAAAAUUAUUUUCAUGUAUAAUGCAAAAAAAUCUCAUCACCUCAAAGAGGGCUCCGAGUCCUCUACGCAUGUUCUAUCCGUUUCCUUUAAAAGAUUUUAAUUUCAUUUUAGUAUAAUAGGCAGAUUUUUGUAUAAUUUAAAAAAAUAAUAAUAAAUAAAUUUGAUUUACUCUGUUUGACAAACAUACUUAAAAUAAUUAGGGCUAUAACUCUUAUUGAUUGCAUAUUAAUUUGUGACUUUUCGGUACUUUGAUAAUUUUUUAUUUCGAAUUGGAAAAAUAACCAAACAGUUGAUCCUCAUACAAAAUUGCAUGGGCCUAUAUCGAUGAUAUUUUGAGUAAAGAACAAGUAAACCAAUCUUAAGUUAGGCCGAAACAAACUUUCAAUACCCUCCACCACACACCACAUUUAUAAAAAAUAGUUUAAUAUUCGAACGUGCACCACUUUAAACUAAAAAUACCAAAAAGUGGAUGUGACCUUUAUAUGGGCGAAAUACUAAAAACUUUAACCUAUACAGACAAUUAUCUACUACUUGCGAGUCUAUUGCGAGUCCUAAGUAGUAAAUUAGAACCGAAUAUUAGUUAUAUGGAAAUCGUGGAAUAAUAGGACAAGGUGACACUCUUUUACAAAUAGAAAAAUUUAAAUAAAUCCGAUAGAACAUGUGUACUAAGUCGUCAAAAUACCGGAAAUCUGUAAAUACUGUUACAUGGGCGCUAUAGGAAAAUUUGGACCUAUACGUACAUCGGAGGUAGAACCCUUUACAAAUUUUAAGUCAAAUCCCUACUGAAAUUGGUGAGAUCCGGUCAAAAUUUAGAUGUAACUCACAUCUAGAUCUUCGUCCGAUAUAUUAUUAUUGUGCUCCAUAUGUGUAUUAUGUGUUCAAAUAGGAUGUAUUUCGGCAUAUUUACCCGAAUUCAGACUAGAGAUCCAUAUAUCAUAACUGAUAUCUCCAAAUUCGAAAAAAAGUUGAUUUUUAAGGUCCUUCUGCUGUCAAAGGGAUUAUUGUUCUUGUAUUUGUUUUAAUUUCGUUUGAUCAAAUUUAUUUUAAAGUCAUAUUUCUAAAGACAUUGCAACUUCUAUUUAAAAUCUCUAAUUGACAUAACUAAAAAGAGAGACUGGAUAAAUUAGAUUAUAAUUUAUUUUUUGUUUAUCACUUCUCAACUUUCACUUAUCGAUUCAUUGAUUUUAAUUCCCUUUCUAUAUAUUGUUAUAUGUCAACAGAUUUUGUCAUAUAGCGAAUAAUUGAAUUUAUUACAAUUUAUAUUAAUUAUUUGCUAUGCAUCGAUUCAUUGUUACGCUUUAUUCAGCAUCGCAAGAAUAUUAAUUAAUUGAAAUAUGGGAUAAUAACUUCAUGACUUGUCUAAUUGGAUAAUAUCACAUACAUAUGUGUAUCUAUUCUGUUUUUUUUUUGGAGCUAUCAAAUGAACAUUCCCAUGAAAUUAGAUUACUUUGGUUAAUAUGUACACAUGCUUAUACAUGAAAAACAUAUGUAUAUGAAUUAAAUAUAAAAGUCAAAGAUUUAUACAAGUAUGUAUAAAGACGCCAAAUAAGUGAAUAUUAAGAAGUAAUAUAUUAAGAAGUAUAAUAUUUAGAGCUCUUCACCAAUAAACACAUAAUGUGGCAUUGGAAAAAUAUUCUACCACGAAUCAUUCUGAAGGCUUAAGUCAUAUUUUUUUAUUCGCUACUACUUCUGAUUCUUUCCCCGUAAAAGGAUCAACGUUUAGAACAAUAAUAACGAUGAAAAUGAGUCACUGAUUGUCAUACUUUCCGAAAAUGAUAUAUUUUUACCAUAUCUUGGUACUUUUCCAUAAUCUUGUAUACAACAAAUAGGUUCUUUAAGUUAGUCCAAAACGCUUGUUUCACAAUAUUAAUGUCUAAAUAAAAUCUUGUGCAAAAAUGGAAUAAAUCGAUGAUAUUCCUCUGAUAUUUCCCCUCCAAGCUUCAUACCCUGAAUGUAUGUAGAGGCUAUACGAUGAAAAAUACGAUUUAGCGAUGUUUAAUGUGGCGUUCUUUCCUUUAACAUAAAUCAUUCAAUGACAUUUUUCCAACAUAGUAUGUAGGGUAUGUUUUGUUUGCUAUUCCGUUUGUAACACACCGAGAUAUACACUUUACACCACACUGAUUAUAUAUAUUCCUGAUCAGUAUAAGAUUCUAUGACAAUUUAAGAAGGAAAUCAGUCUAACUUCAUAACGAAAUUAUGGAGAUUAAUAUCAUUAUAUCUCCGUAGAACUUAUUGUAUUGAAAAUGGCCCAUAUAGAUCCACGUUUUGGUAUAGCCUCCAUAUAAUUAUACCGUCAGAUUUAAUAUAAGAUAUGGUUGUUUUGGUCACAAUUUAAACCGAAUUUCCUGUAAAUAGUCAGUUUAGUUUCAGAAUAUGGGAAACAUCCUUGCAUUAAACUGUCCAUACAAGUCCAAGUUUUGGUUAGUCCCAAAACUAAAUUCGUCCAGGCUUCGUGCAGUUCCCAUAUAACUGUAAAAACUAAUACUCGGAAGUUUUAAAAUUUUUAGUAGCAUUUUGCAACGAUUUUUAUACUCUCCACCUCAGAGUAUAUUAAGUUCGUCAUUCCGUUUGUAACUCAUCGCAAUAAUAAUUUGAAACCCAAUAAAGUAUAGCCUCCAUAUAACGGUACCUCCGUAUAUUCGGUAUUUUGAUGAUUUUAGCGUCAUUAUUCACCGGAGUAGUUUCAAAUUACGUCGAGUUUGUAAUGCGAACUACAGCCUGUGACAGAAAAUUGUCUGUACAUGUUCAGAUCUUCGUAUAGCCCCCAUAUAUCAGUAGCUCCCUAUAUUCGGUAUUUUGACGACUUUAGGUAAAUUAUCCACAAUGCCUAUGUAGGUCCACGUCUUCGUAUAGGCCCCCAUAUAACGGCUAUUAAUUUAAUUUUUAUUGAAAAUUUUCAUAUUUGUUCCAAAUGGUGAACGGUAUUCAAAGUUCGGUUGGAAAUAAUAAUUGUUCGGCUUGGCUGCUUUUUUACACGUUAUUCCAUAUUCUUCGUCCGACUGUCUGGAUGAUACACACUUUAAAUAUAAAGUAAUUUCCCGAUUCGGGCCAGAACUUACAAUGCUUGCAAAUCAGGCCACCAUACCAUUAUUUUUAUAAGGGCAAGGGACUUUCUAUCUUCCAUAAGUCAAAGAAAGUAUUUGCUUUAUUUUUAGAAUCUCUUUUUCCAAUUUUCUGGUUUUUCCUAUAGCUACCUUAUUUUAAUAUUUUUUUAAUAUAUAAUUCAAAGUUUUAUUUAAUUUUCCUAACAAAUUGUAAAAUAUCUCAGAUACAACAACAAUUAUGAGUCCAGGUUUUAGCAUAGGUUUAAUAUAUUAUGACUAUUGUCUAAGUAUACUGAUCCUCAUAUAUGGACCACAGAUUAGUUUUUAAUCAUUUGUAUGUACUAUAAACAUAUUCUAAAAAUUUCCCACAGUAGUGGUGUUAUAGCUGUCCCUUCCUGUUCCUGUUGAAUCUGCAACGACCAUAACACCCACAGUAGUGGUGUUAUAGUCGUUGCAGUUUUAACGGGAACAGGAAGGGACAACAAAAAAUUGGAAAAAAGGAUUCUAACAAAUUAAAAAUAUCAGUAACCGACGGAUGUAUACCCUCAGCCAAUGUUCGAUUAUUUCAAUAUAUUUUGCACAUAUAGACGCUCUAUUAUCCACUUUGUAUCUGACAAAAGUUUGAUAUAAAUAUUAAAAUCUGCCAGAUUUGGACUAUAUCGACUACUUCGUUUACAUUAGAUCUCUGGUUGGGAGAAAUAUUUGCAUGCAUUAAGUUUGAAAAGAAUCGCUGACUUGUUUCGCAAGUUGUGGGAGGUAUAAGUAUUGAAAAUUGUGACCCUUUGUGGGAAAUGGGCCGAUAUCACUCAUCUUCCCACCAAAUCUAGUGUAAUCAAUAAUGUGUGAAAUUUGAAGAGAAUUUGAUUCUUAAUUCGCAUUUUAUGAGAGAUAUAAUUAUUCAAAAAAUUGACCCGUUGUGGGGGAUGUACCAGGUGGGUGGCCUGUUCUUCUUGUGUUGGUAAAAUUUUGAGAUGUGCGAAAUUUGAAAAUAAUCGGACUCUUAUUUAACAUUUUAAAGGAUUUAUAAUUAUUCAAAAUUUAGAACCUUUGUUGGGGACAUACUUGAUUGAGAGGGCCGAUAUUGUCCAUUUUCGCACCUAACUUAGCAAAGAAAAAAAUAUUAGGAUUUGAUUGGAAUGAAUUUGUCAAUUUUCAAAAAAAAAAAAAAAAUGGAAUCCGUUAAAAAUUCUGUUAAAAUCUUAAAAAUAUCGAAUGUAAAAGUCAUUACAAUAUUCAAAUGCAAAAUAUUAAAAAAAUCGUUGAAUAAUGAAACAUUUCCUGUAAAUAAUGUCUCUUAAAUUACCAAAAUAGCGAAAAUUGGGAGGUACCAUUACCUCCUUUUUCAAUACCAAAAAUCCUGCAGUCAUAUAUAUUUGAGUAAACGGACGGAUGUCGCUAAAUCUAUAUAGAAUCUUAUGCUGAUCAAGAAUAUAUAUACUCUGUGGGGUCUAACAUGUAUAUUUCGAGGUGUUACAAAUGGAAUGACAAACUUAAUAUACCCUCCAUACUAUAGUGGAGGAUAAAAAAAUCGGUUGAUUCGAAUAUUUCUUUUUAAAUUUUUACAUUUUGUUAGGAGUAACCAGAAGGAGUAGACCGAUAAUGCCCUUCUAUAGCCAUUUGGCUGAGGGUAUACAAGUAGAACAAGCUUUUUUUUCACUUAUUUGGUGACUUUUAGCUACCAUAUUUUGGGUUACAUGCCUUGCAAAACCAAUGGGCUAGCAAAGUGAUUUGUAAGCGGUUUAGAUGUUUAAAAAGUCGAUGGGAAACUCAUUAAUUGAGAAAUGGAAAAUUUUUCUGGGUGCGGUUGAUCAUUUCAUUCAUUUAGUUAAUAUUCGAGCUCGGUAAUAUAAUUAUAAUAAUAUAAACUGCUUUUCAAAUUCGUUAUGAGGAACUAUUGGUUACAAUUCAUUAUUUAUUACAAAUACCACUCAACAAUUUAGAUUCUGGGCUGUUACAAGUCCAUAAACCAAAAUCAUGCUAAAUGUAAAAAAUCUUCCUAUAGUUUAUGAUCCCCUUAUAAUUGUAUGUAAACAAUUCCCAAGUAUUGAAUGAGCUUUUGCUUUCGGGUGUAAUUCAUGUGAAAACUGUGCUUUUUAUGUCAUCGUUUUUUUACGAAUUUUCGUUUUUUUUUUUUUUUUUGAAUCCCCAGUCAAUAUUUGUAAUAUUUGUUUGUACGCACAUAUAACAAGUAAAAAACUCGUAUAUUUUUUAAAUACCCAUUUUAAGUCAACAAGAAAAAGAUUUCUAGCCAAAGACCCUUAUUAUUAGACCAUAACAAAUUUCAAAUUUAAUUGCUAGAUAUUAACAACAACUACAAAAAAUUAAAAAAAACACAAAGCUUUAAAGAGAUACAUGAUAAAUGAAAAAAAAGAAACAUAAAUAAAUAAGUUUUUUUGUUUAGAAUAAUAAAGUGAAAAACUUUGUUAAUUUGAUGUUUUGUUUCAUAUUCUAUUUGUAAUCUCUCUCCAUCCAGAUGAUAGUCAAAAGGUUAGACUAUUUAUUAUUGUUGCAACAAAUAAUCCAUAUAUUUAGUAAUAAUUAGUGUAUUCACAUUAUACCAUACAGACUUAUCUCGAACAAAUAUCAUUGAAACCAAAUAUACUCUAACAACACACUCAAAGAGAAAAAAACCGAAAAAAAGAAAACAGGAAUAAUUAUAUAACUAUUAAAUGUAUGUAUUUAUAUGUAAUUGUAUAUGAAUAUACGUAUGUAUAUUUUUUAGAUGCCAUUUAAUUUUAUCAUGGACAACAAACCAAAAAAAAAAAAAUAUUACAAACACAUACCAAAAAAGAUGAAGAAGAAGAAAAAAACAAACUACCAACAUGACAUGAUUUUAUUGAGACAUUUAUUUUGUAAAAUUUUUAGAUUUUUUAUUGUAUUGUAUACAAAAGAAACAAACAAGCAAAAACAUAUAAAAUACAAAUACUAUAUAUAUGAAA